GAGACGCGUUCAGACACUCCAUUUGGGUCUUUCGUAAUACGGAUAGUUCAUAUAUAAAUAAACGCGUUCGCGGAUGAAGAUUUCUGCCGUUUUAUUUAGUUGCUUUAUCAUUUUGCAUUAAAUACUUAUUAUUUUUAUUACUUAUUUAUUAAUUUAUAUGCCAAGUGAAUUUCUUGAAAAUAAACCGGGAUUUAUUUACGUAUUUGCAUACACCACAGGCUCCCGGUAUUCGUAGAGCCAUAUGUGUGGGUGUGUGGUUUCGCCGCUUAAUUUUUGCUUAAAUCAACAAUAACUGCUAAACUAACACACGCAGCAAAAACAUUACUAGGAACAAUUAAAAAGGGAAUUGACAUGUCAUAUACGGAGCUGGAGUCUGGCUACCAGGAUCUGCGUCAGUCCUCGCAGAACAACGUCGUAGCUUCGCAUCAGCUUCACCAACAGCAAAAUCCGCAUACGCAACAUCCGCAGUCGUCGCAUUCGCACCGCGUUGGCUUCUACCUGGGCCACGAUGGCAAUGGCGACACGGAUUUUGGUGACAGCAAUGACGGCAUGGACUCAGAUACGAGCACCUCUUCCAGUAAUAGUAAACAGGUUGUUGUGGGCAUCUGUGCAAUGGCCAAGAAGACACAAUCGAAGCCUAUGAAGGAGAUAUUGACACGACUUGGCGAGUUUGAGUUCAUCAAGCUGGUUACCUUUGAGGAAAAUGUGAUAUUGAGAGAGCCUGUGCAAAAUUGGCCCAUAUGCGAUUGUCUUGUGUCUUUUCAUUCCAAGGGCUUUCCACUGGAAAAGGCUAUCGAGUAUGCCCAGCUACGCAAUCCCUUUGUGCUCAACAAUUUGCAUAUGCAAUACGAUAUACAGGACAGACGACGGGUUUAUGCCAUACUGGAAAAAGAGGGCAUUGAGAUACCGCGUUAUGCUGUGCUCGAUCGAGAUUCUCCUGAUCCGAAACAUCAUGAACUUAUUGAGUCCGAAGAUCAUGUGGAGGUCAAUGGCAUUACAUUCAAUAAACCAUUCGUUGAAAAACCCGUUUCGGCCGAGGAUCACAACAUCUAUAUCUACUAUCCGACAUCUGCUGGCGGCGGUAGUCAGCGUUUAUUUCGUAAAAUCGGUAGCCGUAGCAGCGUCUACUCGCCGGAAUCGCGUGUCCGUAAAACUGGAUCAUUCAUCUACGAGGACUUUAUGCCUACCGAUGUAUACUUUUCAGGCACUGAUGUGAAGGUCUACACGGUUGGCCCAGACUAUGCCCAUGCGGAGGCACGCAAAAGCCCAGCGCUCGAUGGCAAAGUAGAGCGCGAUAGCGAAGGAAAAGAAAUCCGCUAUCCAGUUAUACUCAAUCACUCGGAGAAGCUUAUCUCGCGAAAGGUGUGCCUUGCCUUUAAACAGACUGUUUGCGGCUUUGAUCUGCUGCGCGCCAAUGGCAAAAGCUAUGUCUGUGAUGUCAACGGAUUUAGUUUCGUAAAGAACUCUAAUAAGUACUACGAUGACUGCGCUAAAAUAUUGGGCAACAUGAUACUGCGCGAGCUCACACCGACCCUUCACAUACCUUGGUCUGUGCCAUUUCAAUUAGACGAUCCUCCCAUUGUGCCCACAACUUUUGGCAAAAUGAUGGAGUUGCGCUGCGUGGUGGCUGUCAUACGCCAUGGCGAUCGCACGCCCAAACAGAAAAUGAAGGUCGAAGUGCGACAUCCCAAAUUUUUUGAGAUAUUUGAAAAAUAUGAUGGAUACAAGCUGGGUCAUGUGAAGCUUAAGAGACCUAAGCAACUGCAAGAGAUACUCGACAUUGCACGAUUUUUGCUCAGCGAGAUACACACGAAGGCGCACGCGGAAAUUGAGGAGAAGGAGAGUAAGCUGGAGCAGUUGAAGAAUGUUCUUGAAAUGUAUGGCCAUUUCUCGGGUAUUAAUCGCAAGGUGCAGAUGAAGUAUCAACCGAAGGGUCGACCCCGUGGCUCCAGCUCUGAUGAUGUCCUAUCCAUUCCAGCCGAAACACCCGCCGAACCGUCGCUGGUUCUCAUCCUUAAAUGGGGCGGCGAACUAACGCCUGCAGGUCGCAUUCAGGCUGAGGAAUUGGGUCGCAUAUUCCGUUGUAUGUAUCCGGGCGGUCAGGGGCGUUCGGAUUAUUCAGGAACCCAGGGUUUGGGUUUGUUACGUUUGCACUCAACUUUUCGUCACGACCUCAAGAUUUAUGCUUCGGACGAAGGACGAGUGCAAAUGACCGCAGCUGCUUUUGCAAAGGGUCUACUCGCCCUGGAGGGCGAGCUGACACCCAUUUUGGUUCAAAUGGUGAAGAGCGCGAAUACAAACGGACUGUUGGACAAUGACUGCGAUUCGAGCAAGUAUCAGAAUCUUGCCAAGGGUCGACUGCACGAGCUUAUGCAAAACGAUCGGGAGUUUACACAAGAGGAUCGUGAGCUGAUUAAUCCAUGCAAUAGCAAAUCCAUAACACAGGCUAUGGACUUUGUUAAGAACCCUGUGGACUGCUGUCACCAUGUGCAUUUGCUGAUAAGAGAAUUGCUGCACAUAAUCAGCAUCAAGAAGGAUGAUCCGAAGACAAAGGAUGCCAUUCUCUAUCAUGGUGAAACUUGGGACUUAAUGCGCUGUCGCUGGGAGAAGAUAGAGAAGGACUUUAGUACCAAAUCAAAACUAUUUGAUAUUUCAAAAAUUCCAGAUAUUUACGAUUGCAUCAAAUAUGAUUUGCAGCAUAAUCAACAUACACUGCAAUACGAUCAGGCCGAGGAGCUAUAUAUCUAUGCUAAGAAUCUGGCGGACAUUGUCAUACCGCAGGAAUACGGAUUGACUCCCCAAGAGAAAUUGGCUAUUGGCCAGGGCAUUUGCUCGCCGUUGCUGCGCAAGAUCAAAGGCGACCUGCAGCGCAAUAUUGACGAGAUCGAGGAUGAGUUCAUGAAUCGUUUGAAUCCCCAUUAUAGUCACGGUGUCGCCAGCCCUCAGCGUCAUGUGCGUACCCGCCUCUAUUUCACAAGUGAAUCGCAUGUCCAUUCCCUGCUAACGGUAUUGCGUUACGGCGGAUUGUUAAACGUUGUUACGGACGAGCAAUGGCGACGUGCUAUGGAUUAUAUAUCGAUGGUAUCGGAGCUCAAUUAUAUGUCACAAAUAGUUAUAAUGCUGUAUGAGGAUCCGACCAAAGAUCCCACAUCUGAGGAGCGCUUUCAUGUUGAGCUUCACUUUAGUCCGGGCGUCAAUUGCUGUGUGCAAAAGAAUUUGCCGCCGGGUCCUGGUUUUCGUCCACAUUCGCAUGGUGACAACUCCUGCAGCGUGAGCGUGCAGUCUAACGAGGACUCGAAUCCUUCACGCAUCGAGGAAGAAAACGAUUCAGUUUCUGGAGAUGAACAACACGGCAAGAAGCGCACCUGUCCGCUACGCAGCUCUACAAAUUCCUUUGGCUUUAAUCGACUGGAAUUGCGUUCCAAACAGGGCAAGUCUAAGCCCAUUCCGAUUGGCGCCCAUCAUACAGUAAGCGGUCAUGAGGCAAUGGAUCUGGCCAAGCGACUAAAUGAGGAGCUUGCUUCGCAGCAUCAACAGCAGCUGCAGAUCCAACAUCAACACCAUCAUCAGCAGCAAUUGCGACCUAUUAGUCCCGAUAUACGAGCUGUGAGUCCAGACUGUGAGCCGCGGUCACGCAGCUUUGAUCAGCGUGGAUCGCCGUCGGCUAAUCGUGACAAGGAGGCGGGUAUGUAUGUGGGCGAUAGCAACGUUUCGGUCUCGGUAUCGGCGUCGGUAUCAUCGGCCAAUUCGUCCACAUCAUCGCGUCGCCAAAGACACAGUAUUGCCGGCCAGAUGUCAUAUAUGAAAAUGUUGGGUUUCGGUGGUUUUAGCAAAAAGAUGACAACCAGCGCGAAUAGCCUUUUCAGUACGGCAGUUAUAAGCGGCAGCUCUUCGGCGCCAAAUCUGCGCGAUAUGAUACCGGUAUCAUCAUCCGGAUUUGGAGAUGUACCACCGAUCCGACCCCUGGAGACACUGCACAAUGCUCUAUCGUUGCGCAAGUUGGACAGCUUCCUGCAGGAUAUGGUCUUGGCACAGAUCUUUAAGACACCAACAGGGUCUCCACCACGCAUCCAUGAGGGAGCUGCAGGCAGUAAUUCGGUGUCGCUGUUGACACCUGGUAUUGGUCAGCAUGUAUCGGUAUCUAUGCCCUCGGAUUCCAUGGCUGCAUUUUCCUCUAUCAUUGAGCCAAGAGAUGACAGCGUUUCAGCAACUCAACUAAUUGGUCGAACCGCUCCCAUUUCUGGCAAAUGCGACCAGUCUAGCACUAUCGAUCUAAAUGAUGAUCAAACGCAGUCUUCUGAUUUCGAUGAUGCCAACGAUGUGGUCAUGAAGCAUAUACUACCGGAAGCAAAACAGCUUUGGAAACAACAAACACAGGACAAAAUGUUGACAACACCGCGGCCAGAGAAAGAAGAUACGGAGCAGCUCAACAGAAAUGUGGAUAUUCCACUGAAUGAGUGGGAUGAGCUGCGCUGUUUUGAACCGAUGAACCAAGACACACUCCCGCUGUGCAGCACUAUUGGCGACAUUUAUUUGAACGUCUGCGACGAAGCAGAGCCGGCAAGCACUUGCCUAACUCCUGUCAGCGUUGGCAUGGAUAAGGACAUGGACUUGAGCAUGGAGGCUAAUAAAGGCUCCAUGACAAUUUCCGUGGAUGGAUUUGAUGAUGAUGAAGCAACACUGUCAGCAGCAACGAUACCUUCGCUGCCCAUCGACUUGGAGCCAAAAUUGGAGACAUGCUUCUGCUGUCCGACGCAUUCUGUUAUGCCACCCGAUGUGGCCAUGGAUGAUCCAAUAUUCCGCUUUGCAAUGCCUGUGCACAUUACCCAGGCAUCACAGGAGCACAAUCGGCAAAGCGCAAGACGUGCUCACGAUCCAAUUUCCCCCCGCAUUCAGAAGCAGAUCAGUUUGUUUGAAGGUGCUGGCACCAGUGUGGAAGCCAGCGUACUGCAUGCAUCGAUCAACUUGCCGGCGGCAGCACAGCAACUACGCCAGGAUGCGCGCCUACGUAAAUUUGAAAAUUUAACGCAGUCCACUUCCAAUUCUAAUUUCCCUUUUGAGAGUAACACACUAAAACGUGUACCAUUGGUAAGCACUAAGGAUGAUUAUGCGAAUGUUUCGCAUACACAAAGCUGUCUCAACUUGAAAAGUAGUGGUGGAGCCGGCUCCGGCUAUGGCUCUCUCACUUAUGGCUCUCCGAAACAUAAGCCCAAUGCCACACUCUUAAAAGAACGACAAGAAAUACCAACAGGCGGCUGUUACAAAGCUGGCCCGGCCAAUUAUAAUCCGUUGCCCAAUGCACUGUCCGUUUGCUGUUCUUUGGACUUGGAUGCUGGAUGUAGUACAUCGACUCCAAAUACUUCGGUGACUAUGGCAGCACCACAUUCCGGCGCCUUAAUUGUGAAGGAACGCUUUAUUGAGCCCCCCAAGAGGGGAAUUGUGCGUGGCUAUCACGGCAAAACGCAGUCCAUGGACGCCGACUUUCUGUUCAACGAGUUUUUAUUGCUGCCUGCGGCUGUACCGCAAAUAGAUGUGGCACAGGAGGCGAAACUAGAGGCGUUGGAAUAAAUGGUCACUUAACUAAUUAAAUAAAAUUGUGAAAUUUGUCAUAUAGAUCUCUAUCUCUAACUUAAACUUGUUGUAGCAACUGAAUUGUCGUUUGCCUACUUAAAUAAAAAUUCAACUAUUUUAGUGUUA